UAUAUCUCUGUUCGUGUGUGUAUAAAUACCUUUCUCCUUUGAACCAGAAAUCAGAGAGGGCUCCGAUUGUAGACGAAAAUUAUUAAAUUCUAUAAAAAUCAAAGUUAAUUGAGAAAUUCGACGGUCACGAUUGAAUCACAAAAUGUCGUGGCAGGUUUACGUCGACGAUCACUUGAUGUGCGACAUCGACGGCAACCAUCUGGCCUCGGCGGCCAUCGUCGGUCACGACGGUAGUGUGUGGGCCCAGAGUUCCUCCUUCCCUAAGUUUAAACCUGAAGAAAUUGCGGCAAUAAUGAAAGAUUUUGAUGAGCCAGGGUCUCUUGCUCCAACUGGGUUACAUCUUGGUGGCGCAAAGUACAUGGUUAUUCAGGGAGAGGGUGGAGCUGUCAUUCGUGGAAAGAAGGGCUCUAGUGGCAUUACUGUGAAGAAAACCGGCCAGGCUCUGGUUUUCGGUAUAUAUGACGAGCCCUUGACUCCGGGACAAUGUAAUAUUAUUGUGGAGAGGCUGGGAGACUACCUGAUUGACCAGGGGCUGUAGCUCAUCUCACCAUCAUCGUUUUCAUGUCUUGAAAUUUUCUCUUUUUGGGCUUGCAUCUACUUCCUGCUAUUUGGCCAUGAACUGGCACUGGUGGUGCUGCUGGGAAUAACCAUGUGCAGACAGAAGCAGUGACUAUUGGUGUUCUAGGAUUGUUUUAUUUACUUCUCUGAUUUCCUUGUUUUCUUAAUUAUGUAUUUAAUCACAGCUGUUUGCUCCUAUUGACUGCAUUUUUUAAGUUUGAAAA